GCGCUUGAGGGCAGGUGUACGAAACUGCAGACUUCACACACACACACACACACACUUAAACACACACUCACUAAUCUGUCCGAUAAACAGUCCGACAGCAUAUGGCCGUCUGACGGUGUUUGGAUCCGAGGAUCGGCGGCUAAUGAGUGUUGGCCAAGUGCUGGUCUCUACCUCUGCCCCGCUUACUCCUGUCCAGCUUUACAUCUCGCUCAGAUGAGCAGGACGCCCCGGAAAUCCCAUCCAAGUUGAAUGUUGACAUGGGAGAUUGGUGGAGUCCUGCAAUGAUGCCAGAUCCAUCUCUUGACACCAAAGAGCUUUCCAGUAUUUCUGGGAUCAGCAUGUCUCCCUCCAGGCUAAACUCCCAGCAUUCACUGCACUCCACCAUGGCUCUGCCCAAAAGCACCUACAGUGUGUUGAGUGCCUUCUGCACAGAGGAGAACAUAUCGCAGUGUGUCGCAUACAUCAAUCAGGAGGUGUGUUCACUGGGCUUGUCUGCAGUGAGUGUGGAGUGUAAAUCAGGCAGUGUGAGCGCCGUGCCGGUAUUAAAUCUGCUGUAUGAAGUGCUGCAGCUGCAGAGGAGAGCUCAGCGUGGCCUGCAGGAGCUGGAGACUCAGCAGAUGAAGAACUGCAGUGACCUCGAGCAUCUGCAGAACAACAACUGCAGACUCAAAGAUCAGCUGGAGCACACCAGGAGAGAGAACUCAGGCCUGCACGAGGGCGAGCGACAGCUGCAGCUCAAGAUCAAAACCUUGCAGAACUGCCUGAAGUCUGAGAAAGAGGAGGUACAGAAACUGCAGAGCAUCAUCUCCAGCCGUGCCACACAGUACAAUCAUGACCUGAAGCGUAAAGAGAGAGAGCUCACCAAACUGAAGGAGCGCCUCAACCAGCUGCUCGUGGACAAACGGGACAAGAAACUCUCCAUUGAAGUGUCAAACUAUGUGGGACGGUCAGAUGGCAAGAGAGGACUCUGGAAGACGGGCAAGAUGGAGGCUAGACACGAGGGUGAGAUGUACAAGGCUCUGCUGAGCGAUUACGAGGCGCGGCAGAGAUCUCUGAUGCUGGAGAACUCGGAGCUGAAGAAAGUGUUGCAGCACAUGAAGAAGGACAUGAUCGCCAUUCUGAGUCCAAAGAAAGUCUGCAUUAAAGCAGAGCCUGCAGACGACAGCCUGGAACAGGCUGGCUCUGAGUGUGAGGAGGAGGAGGAAGCUGGUGAAUCCAGCAGAGAGACUCUGGAGCAGUCCUGUGAACAGGCCCGCGAGCAGCUCACCAACAGCAUCCGCCUGCAGUGGAGGAAACUCAAGAGCCACAUGGAGAGACUCGACAGCCAGGCAUCCCUGGUGGCGUCUCAGGAGCGUGAGGCAGAGGAGCUGAUGUCCAGGAAGGAUCAGGAGGAAGAGCUGCAGCGGAUGAGACUGGAGCUUCAGCAGUGUAAAGAGUUCAUUCACAUGCAGCAGCAGCUCCUACAGCAGCAGAUCAGCUCACCGUGUGAUGAAGAGACUGCAGCUUUGCUAAACGACUGCUACACACUGGAGGAGAAAGAGCGCCUGAAGGAGGAAUGGAGACUCUUCAAUGAGCAGAAGAGGAACUUUGAGCGAGAAAGGAAGAAUUUCACUGAAGCUGCCAUUCGUUUGGGACACGAGAGGAAAGUGUUUGAGGAGGAUCGAGCUGCGUGGCUGAAGACACAGUUUUUGAACAUGACUCCAUUUGUAGAUCGUAAACGUCCAGCGUUGUCUGAACCUCACAGUGCAUUAUCAGUCGGCACAGAACCGGAGGCCAAACUGCAGUCGACUCCUCCGCUGUUCACCAAGUCUCUGUCCAACAGCGUUUUCUGCACCCCUAAAGCUGCCCCGGUAAAGAUGCCCACCACUGCCGACCUCUACCGCACACUCAACCUCAUUCCAGAGAGCAGGGGUCAUGGGAAAUGUCCGAGUGGUGAGAUGUUGAGCAGGUCGCGUUUGCGUAAUUCCUCCAGCGACUGCAGCGUGAUCUCGCUGGUCAGAGAUGAAAACAGCCCCGUCUGACGGUACGCCAGUGUUACACUCAACAAACUGCACACACACACACACUACAGAGGAUAAACACACACUCCAAGUCUUCCAUUCAUCCCAAUCACAGGAUGCUUUUCACCUCCGAUUCUCAUUUACCGUCGUCCCUUUGGGGAUUUAAAGCCGAAUCAAACAGAUGGAUCAAAUUGAUCCCGCUGACAAUCAUUUUAAUUACCUCCGCUUAACUUCUCAAUAAUAAAUAUGUAAAGUGGCCAAUGUGUGUUGAAUAACAGUCAUGAUAAUAGUCUAUUUUAAAAUGUGACCAGAAGAGUGUGUGGGCUGUGAAUGGUACAUUAAUCCAUUAAGCACUUUUUUUAAGAUGCACAACAUUCAUUAUAGCUUUUAAAUGAUGUUGAUGAUUCGCCAUUCAUAUGGUUGGGUUAGGUUUCAUAUUUAGGCUGCUUAAAGUUUUGUACUUUUGAUCACUGAGGUACUGCUAUGUGUUUAUUGCUUAUUUCUUGAUGCAAGAUUUAAGAAUAGAUUGCCAUUCACAUUUUCACUCGAAUGUUUAAUAUUUUUAUUGAGAAAUCAAGAAUGUCUUUGGUAACUUGAGAUGCUUUUAGAAUGUUUACAUAUUUGAGGACUGAUGUCUUUAAAUCAACGCAAUAAAGUUUGUAAGAUUUGGAAAAUA